AUGGCCGACAUCCUCACCCAGCUUCAGACCUGCCUGGACCAGCUCGCGACGCAAUUCUACGCAACAGUUGCCUACCUGACAACCUAUCAUGACCACUCGCCCGCUCUCCCGCCGCCCAACGACUCCAACGCCGCUCCGCUCAAAAAGAUCCCCAAGAACCCGCCUCCCACGGCAUCUACCACCGCGGUAAACACCCCCAGUGGAGCCCAGCCUGCGGACGCCGCUGCCACAAAUGCGUCUAAUUCACCGCCUCCUGACCCCCCAAACACAUUUCUUAUGCGCCAGCGCGAACUGGCCCGAGACCUGAUCAUCAAGGAACAGCAGAUCGAGUACCUGAUCACUGUCCUGCCGGGGAUCAAGUCUACAGAGGCGGAGCAGGUAGAGCGGAUCAAGCAGCUGGCGCAAGAGCUGAGAAUAGUUGAGGAGGAGCGGAGAGUGAAGAUGAGAGAAAUGAAGAAGUUGGCGGAGAAAGUCGACGGCUUGCUGGGUGCGGUGAGUCGUGGGACAGGCAUCUCCAACGCUCAAGGACAUUAA